AUGAGAGGCCCACUGUCAAUGUCCAAACUGCUAGUGUCGAGGCAAUCCACAAAGAGUUCAAUUGGAGUGAGAAGAUGGGGGACAGAAAGGACAAGUCAGGCAUCGGCAUUUUCUCGGACCUUUACCGAUAGCAGCACCCAACCAUCAUCGGUGGUUGUGAGUCACCAUUCCUCCAGUAUUGCGGAUGGUACGGAUGGUGAACAUCCGACCAGAGUGCAACAAAGGAUCAACAAUAAGCGAACCACCUACAACCCUGAACGGGAGGAUGCUACCAAGCUUGUAGAUGAGUUACUACUUCGCACCCGCUCACUCAUGAAUGAACCGAUCCAAUCCACAAGCACAAGCCAUCACAAUCAUGACAAAGCUGAUGAUGUUCACGUACUACGACACGUAGUGGCAUUCUCGGGAGGGAUCGAUUCGUCUCUGGUACUGGCCUUGUUGAUGAAAGCCAAGGAGGAUCAACAACAACUAGUACAACAAUCAACGUCAUCAUCAUUAUCCAUUCAAGAGAGUGUCCAUGCUGUCCUUGGAACAUCUCCAGCAGUCCCUCAGGAUCAGAUUCGAUUGGCACAACAGGUGGCAGAUCACAUUGGGAUACCCCUCGUGCAAAUCGCGACCACGGAAGGAUCCGAUGAUACCUACAUUCAAAAUCAAGGACAGGCAUGUCUCGCCUGCAAAACACACCUCUACACGGCACUCCAAGCCGUCGCACAACAUGCGGUCCAACAAGAUGAACUACUACUACUAUCGCAGUCAUCCAAUAAUAAUUACCAACAACAACAACAUCAACUCUACAAUGGGACCAACGCCGACGACGUGCAAGACGCCACGCGGGUGGGAUUGAUUGCCGCCCGCAACUUUGACGUACAGUCACCACUCUUGCGGAUACCCAAACACGAUGUACGGCGUGCCGCCCAGCAUUUGGGUCUCCCCAAUUGGAAUGUCGCCGCAUCGCCCUGUUUGCGAUCGCGAUUGGCAUUGGGUGUCGAAGCGACGCAAGAUCACUUGCAACGCAUUGAACGAGCCGAAGCGUUUGUACGAAACGAACUGCAAAUUAUUAUUUCGGAAACCACCAAUCUACGAGUCCGAUUGCUCGCCAACAAUCGCGCCAUGUUGGAAAUGGAUGCCGAGCUCUUGCCACAUGUACCAUUACAAUCAACAACAACAACAACUACCAAAAACAACAAAACCAAGCAAUCGUGGGAAUCCUAUUUUGUACAAACUCUGGGAUUUGCUUCCAUUCAAGCAAGAGCCUUUCGAAGUGGGUCGGUGGCUGCUACUGCUUCCACGACAAACAACGCCACUGCCAAUGCACAGAACAAUAUCACUAGGAGAGACGCUGCCAAUGACGAGGAAGAGGCGGUGGCUUGA